UGUGCAGUGACCUGGAAUUCAGAGAAGUCGCAAAUAGAUUGCGGGACUGGUUCAAGGCACUUCAUGAAAGUGGAAGCCAAAACAAGAAGACAAAAGUGUUACUGAGGCCUGAGAGAAGCAGAUUUGAUACCAGUAUUUUGCCAAUUUGCAAAGAUUCACUUGGUUGGAUGUUUAAUAGACUUGAUACAAACUAUGACCUGCUGUUGGAUCAAUCAGAGCUUGGGAGCAUUUACCUUGACAAGAAUGAACAGUGCACCAAGGCAUUCUUCAAUUCCUGUGACACAUACAAAGACAGUUUGAUAUCUAACAACGAAUGGUGCUACUGCUUCCAGAGACAGCAAGACCCACCUUGCCAGACUGAACUCAGCAAUAUUCAGAAGCGACAAGGGACAAAGAAGCUCCUAGGUGAUACACUCCCACUGUGUGAUGAAGGAUGGCCUACCGGCAACCCAUGCCAUGGCAGUGCUGGGCAGUUGUUGGGUGUUGACAGAUAUGGAAAUGAAGUCAUAGGCCUCCAGAAUAAAUGGGUUGCAGAUUGUGCUAUAGAUUUUGAGAUGUCUGGAGAUUUUGCAAGUGGUGAUUUCCAUGAAUGGACUGAUGAUGAGGACAAUGAAGAUGAUAUUAUGAAUGAUAAAGAUGAAAUUGAAGAUGAUGAUGAGGAUGAAGGUGAUGAUGAUGAUGAUGGUGAUGACCACGAUGGAUACAUUUGA